AUGGCCGAGAACCAAAAGACCUGGUGGCAGCAAUGGACAGACACCACCAACGUCAGACAUUUGAAAUUACUGAGGACCACACAUGACCCCUUCAUACGGCACGAGGAGCAAGUGCUCAUCAACCGCAGGGACAUCACAAGUGAAAAGGAUGCGUGGGACAUGCAGGAGUUCAUCACUCGCAUGUACAUCAAGCAGCUACUGCGGCACCCAGCCUUCCAGCUGCUGCUGGCCUUGCUGUUGGUGGUCAACGCCAUCACCAUCGCUCUCCGCACCAACUUUGUCCUUGGUCAGAGACACUAUCAGUUGUUCUCUACCAUAGAUGACAUUGUGCUGACCGUCCUUGUCUGUGAGGUUCUCCUCGGCUGGCUCAACGGCUUUUGGAUUUUCUGGAAGGACGGCUGGAACAUCCUCAACUUCAUUAUCGUCUUUAUCUUGCUCAUGGGGUUCUUCAUCAAAGAACUUGGUAUCAUGGCUGUCACCUACACACUCAGGGUGCUUCGGCUGGUUCAUGUGUGCAUGGCGGUGGAACCCCUGGCCCGGAUCAUCCAUGUCAUCCUGCAGUCCUUGCCUGACCUGGCCAAUAUCAUGGCCCUUAUCCUCUUCUUUAUGCUGGUGUUCUCAGUGUUUGGGGUCACACUCUUUGGUGCAUUCGUGCCUGACCAUUUCCGGAACAUGGGGGUUGCCCUGUACACUCUCUUCAUCUGCAUCACACAGGACGGCUGGCUGGACAUCUACAGUGACUUUCAGAUGGAGGAUAGGGAGUACGCAAUGGAGAUUGGGGCUGCCAUCUACUUUGCCAUCUUCAUCACCAUCGGUGCCUUCAUUGGCAUCAACCUGUUCGUCGUCGUGGUGACCACCAAUCUGGAACAAAUGAUGAAGGCAGGAGAGCAGCAGCAGGAGCAUCGAAUAAUCUUUAGUGAGGCAGGCGCAGAGAAGGAGGAAGACUGGGGUGAUGAGCUGCCAAUCGUGCACUGUGCAGUAGCCCGCUUGGAGAAAUCUGGUGUCCCCCAGGAACCUCUUGUGGGGGGCCCCCUGUCAAACCUCUCGGAAAAAACGUGCGACAACUUUUGCUUGGUGCUUGAGGCGAUACAGGAGAACUUGAUGCAGUACAAGGAGAUCCGAGAGGAGCUUAACACGAUCAUAGAUGAGGUGCGCUCCAUUCGCUUCAACCAGGAGCAGGAGGAGGUACUUCUGCACAGGCACCUGUCGGUGAGCACGUUGAUGGAGACCCGUUCCUCUAUAGACGUGUACAGUAUGGCUACCAAGCAAGACUUGCUCUCUGCGCUAGUUACCAGGGAAAAGGUUUAUGAAUCUGGCACAAAUAUGCUGCUUAACAAACAGAAGUUCAACUAUUGA